AUGUUAUUUCUUCAGCGAUGGUGUCCUUGUCAGUACCGGGGUAUCGGUCCGGACGUGCACGAUCUGGGUUACAUUCCUCGUGACGUCAUCCCGAUCGACGUGCUGCAAAACAGGAGCGCCAAAGGAAAGGUUCUUCGCGAUUAUGGCUUCAAAACGCAGCCGUGCGGCUUCAGCUGCCAACAAGUCUUCCAAAAAGCAAAAAGUAAUGAACGAUUAUAUCAAGAAAGAGACCAGUCCACAAAGCGAGAGAGUAGCGAAACGAAAGAUGAACUCUCUUCCGAAGUUGCCUAUGUUCAAGAAGUACACGGGAAAAUAGCUACCGCAGAGAAUGCGGCCCGAGUUGACGACGACCCGCCUCUGGCCAAACUCCAGAAUGCGAUUUCAGAGCACAAGGACGAACUUAAGACAGUUUCCAAAGGGGACUCGGUAAUAUACUGGAUGCGUAUGGAGGAUAUGAGGAUCCGCGACAACCGAGCAUUCUCGGCGGCCUCAAACGUGGCGCAGGAGUUGGGUGUUCCCUUGGUUGUUUUGUUCAUCUUAAGUCCCGGAGACUAUACCUCGCAUGAUCGCAGCCCCCGUAGGAUCGACUUCUGUCUUCGCAAUCUGGCGGCACUUAAAGAAACUCUUGGUGGUAUGGACAUCCCGCUCUAUGUAACCUCUCACACACCCAGGAAGACCCUUCCCGACGAGGUUAUCAAAUUGGCCCGCAAAUGGAAUGCUCGUCGAAUUUAUGCAAAUAUCGAGUAUCAAGUGGAUGAGCUUCGUCGUGAUAUCCGUCUGAUCCAUCUUGCUACCAUGGCCAGUGUCCGUGCCGAAUACUUUUCGGACAGGUGCGUGGUGGAACCCGGGGCACUGGCCACGAAAGAAGGAAGGCAGUAUGCGGUGUACUCCCCCUGGCUGAAAAACUGGGUUGCUACUUUGGACAGAGAUCCAUCGCGGCUCGAGGAAUCUCCUACACCAAAGCCAAACGACAACAAGACUCGCAAUCACCCUAAGGUUGGAGAUUUAUUUAAAUGCGAGAUUCCAGAAUCGGUUGAAGGUUUUGAAUGUCAUGACCGUGAAAAUAUGACCCUGCUUUACCCAGCGGGUGAAGAGGCAGCACAUGAAGUCCUACGGCGUUUUCUUUACACUAAAUCUCGCGACUCUCAACUCGCAGACGCAUCGCCUCUGGCAUCAGGUGCUGAAGAGUCAUCCAAUCACAGCCGGAUCAAGGAUUACAUGAAUAGUCGGGAUCAUGCAGAUGCUGACACGACAAGUCGGAUCAGCCCAUAUCUUGCUAGUGGAGUGAUUUCUGCGCGCGAAUGCGUGCGUGGCGCGAUGAAAAUCCUCGGCGUCAAGCGGGUUGACGCUGGAAAGACCAGCGGUCCGGGAGUUUGGGUCUCAGAAAUUGCUUGGAGAGACUUUUACACCCAUGUAAUGGCUGCAUUCCCACGUGUUUCGAUGGGACGCCCCUUUCAAGAGAAGUUUGCGGACGUGAAAUGGGAAACUAACGCAGCACACUUGAAAGCUUGGAAGGAAGGCAAGACGGGUGUUCCUAUUGUCGACGCAGCUAUACGCCAAGCGAAUACUCAGGGCUGGAUGCAUAAUCGCGCACGCAUGAUUACCGCUAUGUACUUGACCAAAGAUCUUAUGCUUGAUUGGCGGCUGGGUGAAAAGCAUUUCAUGGAGCAGUUUAUUGAUGGAGACCUUGCUUCCAACAAUGGUGGAUGGCAAUGGAGCGCAUCGACUGGGACAGACCCACAGCCAUAUUUCCGGAUCUUCAACCCAUAUUCCCAAAGCGAGAAAGCAGAUCCAAAGGGUGAUUACAUCAAGUACUUUGUCCCAGAACUCAAGGACUUGUCCGGGAAGGCGCUCCAUGACCCAUACGGACACUUGAGUCCAUCCGAAUUCAAGAAACUCGGCUAUCCAAAACCGUUGGUCGACCACAAAGAAGCAAGAGAAAGAGCGUUGAGGCGAUACAAAAACCCGGGAGAAAAGUAA